GUCGAACCUAGACGUGGAACGUUCUUUGUUUUGUUAGCACAAAAGUUUAGUUCACAUGUUUUUAUUCUAGUAUCUGCUAGCAAAUCAGAAAAAAAAACAGUAAUUUGGAAUAAAAGUACAAAAAAAUAUUUAAUGAGAUUCCAUCUUGUGAAUUAAUUCGGUUCAGAAACCACCCAGCUCUAGUCAAAAUGAAACCGGCAACAGACCAUAAAAAUCGUCCAUUUCUUAUUUGAGAAAGAAGGUACGUCAAAGUAUAGCAGAGAAAAUUAUUGGAAUUGGUCAAAUCUUUCAAAGCUAGUUGUGGGCUAGAUCUAGAUCAUGUUUUCAUCGGAUGUUUCGGCAGUAAUUGCAGAUUAAGGGUGACCUAAUGGAGGAAAUACCAAAAUUGUUCAAUAAAUUUGCUAAUUUAAUGGAACGAGAUAUCAGGGGCGUUGAGAUCGGAUGCUACUCAGUGGCCUUGCUCAGUUUAACUAUAGCUGUAAGAAAAGUCAGACCAUUUAGUAAAUUUAAAAGUCCAAAAGAUAUUCCCAAUCAUUUUAUUAAAGAAAGAAGGGAGUUGAGUGGACUUGUGAAAAGAAUAGAACCCAAUGAAGGUUUGCUUAUGGUGGAACAUAAACCUCUAAUUAAUAUUCCUAUUGUUCCAUCCAGGCAACUGCCUUUAAAAAUAUCUGGAGUCCAUGUCACAGGUCUGGGAUUUAGUUGGUUGCAAGCGAUUGUGGUUGGCCAAAACAUAAUAUUCAUUCCUAUAUUCAAGGACAAGAAUUUUGUCAAGUGUGAAGUUUUGCUAGCUGAGAAAACUAAAGAUAGCAAAGAAAAAUUAACUAAUAUCGGCGAGCAUUUGGUGAGGAUCGGCUUCGCGAAGAUGGAACCGAUCCAACCUACAUUACUGGAAGAUCCGAAAGUGCUCGUUUAUUACAAAAGGCUGCGAGCCGCCGAGAGAUAUGCCCUUCGUAAAAAGCAGGGCCUGAAAUACUACGUAAAACCCACCCAGGAUGCCGUGUUAUUAUUGUUUAAACAAAUCAAGGGAUUAAUGAAAAUAUUCCAGAAGCAAGUCAAAACGGUCGCCCAAUUAACGCCGGCAUAGCAUUCGUGGAUGAUGGUAGUGGGUGAAUGUGUCCUGGUCGUGUUACAAUGCGUGGGUGUGUAUAACAUUUUCUGCUUCUUCUUUUACACGAAACAUUAUUCGAUAUCCGAAGAUCUGGAAUAUUAUUUCGAUUCUUGAAAAAACGGGCGGGAAAUUUUUAAAACGUGUGAUCGUGAGGUUUUUGAAUGGUAGACUUCCCCUUCUUCCACUUUUUCAAGAGGUCUCUGUAAGAACAAUUGAACGCUGAAUUUGCGGCCAUGUUUGAUUUUGAAAAACAUUUUUACCUUCUACUAACAUGUAAUAGCGGUGGUCCGAAUUAUAAUCGAAAAAAUGCAACAGUUUAAUCAUAUUUUUAAAAAAAUCUUUUGUAGUUUUUCAAAUGUGGUGGAUAUUAUUCCCACUUAAAAACAAAUUUAUAGCUUAUAGAUAAUUUCGUAAGCGGUGGCGUUCACUAGGCCGUUUUAAUUAAUUUAAAUCCCUUAAAAAAAAGCAUAUGCCAAUGGUUAUCGCAAUUUUGUUAAUAAUCAGUCUGAUCAAUUCGAAACAAAAAUGGUCUCUUAAAUUUUUUCGUUAAAACGAACCAGUUUUUUGAUUUUUCCUUUCAAAUUUGGCAAGUAAUACUGCCACUUAAAAUCAAAAUUCGAGCAUAGAUAAACUGGUUUUUGUUUAACCGAUGGCGUUCGCUAAUUAAUUGAAAUAAAAAAAGUGAUGCGCCAAUGGUUUAACGCAAUUAUGUUAAUAAAUUUAGAUACAUGGUCAAUUCUAAUAGUCUCUUCACUUUUUCGCUAAAACUCACACUUUUUGAGAAAAAAAAUGUUAUUUCAAUUAAUUGAAACAGUCUCACGAACGCCGCCGAUUAAAUAAAAACAAUUUCGUCUGUGCUAUAAAUGUGGUUUUAUGUCCUAAAACAAAUGAAAUAUUGCCAAAAAAAAAUCGUUUUUCAUUAUUUCUAAAAAAACUUUUCCUGAUUUUUUUUCACACUUGGUAAGUAAUAUUGCCACUUAAAACAAAAUUUUACCAUAGAUACACUUAUUUUUGUUUAGUUUUGUUAGUCGCGUUCGCGAGUUCGUUUUAAUUAAUUGAAAUAAUGAAAUAUGUGAUAUGCCAAUGGUUUAUCUCAAUUUUGUUAAUAAAUUUAGAUACCACGAUCAAUUCCAAAAAGAAACAACCGCUUCAAUUUUUUGUUUUUUUAUUGUUUAAAUUAAUUAUAACGUUGUAACGGAACGCCACUUCUUAAAAAAAUAAGCGCAUCUAUUCUAUGAAUUUAUUUUUUAAGUGGCAACAAUACCUACUAAACUCGAAACAAGUUAUGCAAAGAAGUUUUUUUGUUUUAAUAAAAACAAAACCUAUUUUUUCCACAAUAUUUUAACACGGAAGUUUCUUAAUAUAUGUUUUUAUGAACUUUUUUACUUAUUUUUAUCUACUAAAUCCAAGUUUUAGUUUGCCUUAUAAUUUGGACCAUCCUGUAUUUUGAUAAUCGAUAAGAUUUUGCUUAGUUUUAUUUUUGAUUAGCUUGGGUUUUAUUUCCUUUUUUUUUUGACUGACAGAAAUUCAAGCGUUAAUUUUACUUUUCAUUUGGUUUAUUUCACUGGAACACUUUUUUUUUAUAGAGACCCAAUGGUUGCAGAUUCAUUGUAGUAUUUAUCUUAGGAAACUGAUAUUUUUAUAAAAUUAAUGCCUUAUUUUGCUUCCGAUUUUACCUAUUGCCAUUUGGAUUAGCAAAAAAUAAAUUAUAUACUUGGAACUAGAAAACAUCGUUUUCAAAUUAUUUGUUUCAAGAUUUUUGAAUUUGAAUAAUUGAUAGUCUAAGCUUUAGUUAUUAGGAAAUGAUCCAUUUAAAUUGUUAAUUGUUGGAAGUUUGUUAUCACUUUAUCACAUAAUAAAUAUUUUAGUUUUG